UUGUUGUUGGUAAGCCGCGGGUCCAGCUCCGAGGACGACGGAGACGCAUGGCGCUCAACUUCUGGCAGUCGUCGCACUACCUGCACUGGAUGAAGGCGCUGCGGCUCGAAGACCUCAAGCGCAUCAACCCGAAGGACACAUCGCUCGACAUGAGCGAGGUCGAGAGCAUCCACCUGGCCAUGAUCUCGCUCAUGGAGGAGCUCGGCGCGCGCCUGCACAUCAACCAGAUCAUCAUCUGCACGGCCAUUUUGAUCUACCGCCGGUUCUACCUCACGCAGAGCUUUUGCGACUUUGAUCCGCGCCUUGUGUGUGGCACAGCGCUCUUCAUCUCGUCCAAGAUCGAAGAGUGCCAAGCACGGCUCUCGGACAUCACGACCAGCCUCCACGAGCUCACGACCCCGUACACGGAAGACCGCGAAGCGUUCUUUGAGUUUACCGAAAAAGACAUUAUUGAAUGCGAGUUCUUCGUCAUCGAGGCCAUGCAGUACGACAUGAUCAUGCACCACCCUUUCCCGACACUCAUCAAGCUCUACGACGAGUUCGAGGUCGAGUUUCCCAUGGACGAGCACAGCUUCAAGAUGGCAUGGGACCUCACGUUGUAUACUUACCGGACACACCUCAUCAUGCUCCACCCGCCGUUCAUGAUCGCGCAUGCCGUGCUCUUCCUCACGCUGGUGGACGCAGCGUACGACGGCCAUGACAUGCUCGACAAGUGCAACAUCAACCACGACAUGGUGGUCGAGAUCGCGACCGAGCUACAGCAGUCGAUUGAAGAGCACAAGGCGCUCUGCGCGCUGCAAGCCACGUCGCUUGCCAAGCUCGCUGAGGUCGUCCCCGACCCCUUUGCUUAGACGCCCUCUACUUAUCCCCUUCAACAUCAUUCUGCGUCCUUA